AAAAAUUUCCUUUUCUACCGUACUUCUGAACGUGUAGUACGUAAAUUUUGGGUUUUAGCAUCUGAAAAAGUAACUACCCAAUAUGCCACGUGAAAUUAAAGAAGUCAAGGACUUCCUCAACAAAGCACGUCGGUCCGAUGCGCGUGCCGUGAAAAUCAAGAAGAAUCCCACAAACACCAAGUUCAAGAUUCGUUGCUCUCGCUUCCUCUACACACUGGUUGUGCAGGAUAAGGAGAAGGCUGACAAAAUUAAACAGUCUCUGCCCCCAGGCCUGCAAGUUAAGGAAGUCAAGUAAAUGCAUUGUAUCCAAACGCAUCGUCGAAUAUCUCGAUGGUCGUGUCGCGGUGGCUUGAAUUAAGUUUUAAUAAAAAUAAAAUGCAUUCUUUGUAAAUUCGGUGUUGUCAAUGUGUGGAACACCGGUAAUACAAUCAAGCAAUUGACGUGAACUAUCAA